UAGACAUAAAUUCAGGGUCUCCCACAGUAUCCCUCUGUAUUUCGCCAAUCGAUUCAGAGAACCCCAACCCGAGAUCAACAACUACUUUCCAAUAACAAGAAAAACCGUAGACAGAUCGAUUCAGCUCUCGACUACCUACCCGUCACCUAUAUUAUUAGUAUAUUCUCUGUCUUCCCGAAUUGCUUCGGCUUUCUACACAAAGUGGGUGUGUGUGAUUGCAGUGGUUGAAGAUGGAAACGGCGACUGUUGUCCAGACUUCUUUUGGCAUCUGUUGUAGACGACGAUCUUCUUCUCAUUUGGGUGCCCGAUCGGCUAUUGGACCUAAUUAUCCGCUCUUUCCUACCAAAUCAUGGGUUUCCACUUCUUUUACAAACAAGCAAUACACAUCAAUUUCUCACUUCGAAUCGGGGCGAAAAAGAAUAGCAUUUGGGAGCAGGAAAUGCGGUGUAAUCAGAGCAUCAUCUUCUGAUUCAUUGGAGCCAACUGCUCCUAUUGCUCCGCUUCAGCUUGAGUCUCCAGUGGGGCAGUUCCUGUCUCAAAUCUUGGUAAGCCACCCACAUCUUGUCCCAGCUGCAGUGGAUCAGCAGCUCGAACAGCUUCAAACUGACCGCGAUGCUGAGAAACAGAAGGACAAGGCUUCUGCUUCUGGAACCGAUCUAGUAUUAUACAGGAGAAUUGCUGAGGUGAAGGCUAAUGAAAGGAGGAAGGCUUUGGAAGAGAUACUGUAUGCUUUGGUUGUGCAGAAGUUCAUGGAUGCUAAUGUUUCUUUGAUACCUACCAUAGGACCCUCAUCAUCUGAUCCAUCCAGCCGAAUUGACACGUGGCCCGGCCAAGAUGAGAAGCUUGAGCAGCUGCACUCUGCUGAAGCUUAUGAGAUGAUCCAGAACCACUUGGCUCUCAUUCUGGGAAAUCGGUUGGGUGAUUCAGCCUCUGUAGCUCAGAUAAGUAAACUCAGGGUUGGCCAGGUUUAUGCGGCUUCAGUGAUGUAUGGGUACUUCCUCAAGCGGGUUGACCAGAGGUUUCAGCUUGAGAAGACAAUGAAGAUCCUUCCACAGGGGUUAGAUGAUGAAGAGAUUAAUGUUCAGAAAACUUUGGGGGAGGAGGUGAGACCCGGCGGUUCUGGUAGUGAGGACUCCCUGAAGAAGGUGCAAUCCCACCCUGAAGUCUCGUCAUGGGCUGGUGGCAUCAGCCCUGGGGGUUUCGGUCAUGGGAUCAAGUCUUCUCGACUAAGAACCUAUGUGAUGUCAUUUGAUGGGGAGACACUUCAGAAAUAUGCAACUAUAAGAUCCAAAGAGGCUGUUACCAUCAUUGAGAAACACACAGAAGCAUUGUUUGGUAGGCCUGAGAUAGUCAUUACUCCUGAAGGCACUGUCGAUUCUUCCAAGGAUGAAUUCAUCAAAAUUAGUUUUGGCGGUUUGAAGAGACUUGUGCUGGAGGCUGUGACUUUUGGUUCUUUCCUCUGGGAUGUUGAGAGUUAUGUUGAUUCAAGGUACCAUUUUGUUAUGAAUUAAACUUUUCUAAAAACUUACGACUGUGCCAAACAAAAUUGAGUGUGGAGGCCUGACUGACCAACUUAAUCAUGUCAUAACUGAAUGUAACUUUGGAGGAAGUACCAAGUCAUGGGGAACUAAUUGACCUGUUGUAUAUGGUUGUGUGUUUCUGAUUGUGAUGUUAAACUUUUAAACAGUUAAAUUUUGGAUAUUUGGUUGUCUAUGCGUAAUUUAGUUGAAUGAGUGAACCUUUUUAUUCUCAUUA